UAUUUACAAAUAUUUCAGACUCUUAGACUUUAUUCUUGCUGAAUUAUUUGAUAGCUAACCAUACCAAAAUGCCGCCAAAAGUAGAGACACAGACGGAAAUGGUGAAUAAAAAAGCAGCAAAGAAGACGAAGGCCGCCGAGAAAAAAGAAAAGAAGCGACUUGAAGCGGAGGAAAGAGCAAAAUUUUUGAAAAAAGAACAUCUCAGACGUGAAAUCGAUCUGGGAGCUCGAAAUGUACUGCGCUUCCAACGAUCCUGGAGAGAAAUGGUCAUGAAAAUGAAAAUGCCGGGUAUAAAAGAAGACAUCGAGGUCGCCUGGCGCACCUUUGAACGUGCCCUUGACACUAAAGAUUAUAGUAUCAGUUUAUUAUUGGACGCAAUAGAUGAUGCGGAAGAGCAAUAUCAAAUGAACGAAAGAUCACAUAUUGAGAACAUUGACCGAUUUGUCAAAAUUUAUAAAAUGAGACUAGCAACCCACGAAAAUAAUUUUCUGUAUAAUAUGGAUGAACUAUUGACCGAAGCGGAAAGUGAAAUUUGCAAAAUUAAUAAUCAGCAAACAGAGGAUGAAGCUUAUCUUCAAGUGCUGAUUUUUGCAAUGAAUCAACGUCUUGAAGAAUCUCUAAAUAAUUUUCAAACUGCAACAUUUACAAAAGUGGAAGCAAGCACGGAAGAUUUCAAAAAUUUGCGCAGAAUGGAAGCCAAUUUCUUAAAUAAAAGCGUUAGAAAUUUGUGGAGAGAUCUUAAAAAUAUCGUCAGUAAUUAUACGAAAAAAACAAAAAAUCGUCGAAAUGCUUACGAGGCUCUGAAAGAAAAGGAUGAUACAGAUAGAAAUAUUAUCAAUCACCAAUUAAUUCGUACAGCAACACUUUUUGAAGAAAUACGAAAAUUUAGAGAGAAAGUAUCAAACUUGAAGUCUAUAACUGAAAAAAAAGUUACCGAUAUUAGAAAGGAGCAAAACUUUUUCCAGGAAGCUUACGGGACUGUAAAAAAAAGAUUUUUGGAAGAACAAUCUAUUGACAAACAUCAGCUUAAGACAAUGGCUGUAGAAUACAAUCGAACCACAGAACAUUUGAGUAAACUUGUGAAAAAACUCGAACAAAUUUUAAGGCUUGUGCAGAUUUGUCGAAAAUUCGAAACCGAAGAUGAGAAAAUAAUUCCGUCCUCUAUUCCGAUUGAAAUAGAAACUGAAAAUACCUCAACUCCUUUGAAUUGGAAACGAACUAGCGAAACAGCCUCAGAACCUCUUGAUUCUGUCAACACUCAUAGCAAAUUAGAACACAUUCAAGCACAUGAAUCACAAAGGUAUGGAUCAACACAGUUCAACAACACCGGACACCGACUGACUCAGAACGUUGGUUUUCCUCUUAAACAUUCCUUUGGUGCCAGUGGCGCAUUCUAG